CCGAACAAUCUUCUUGUUCUGGACCUCUGUGUUUUUUUUCUCCAGCCUGUCUCGGUGUUUCUCCUCAGCCGGAACACGUUUCUCGCACAUUUGCAAGCAGCAAGAGAACGCGUCGAGUCUGAAGCAGGCGCGGCAAGGCAGGUCCGUCUGUAGUCGAUCUUAUAUGCUUAGGUUUUCCAGGAAAGCGACGACUUUGGCUAGGAGUCGGAAUGAACUUUCACGAAGGUGGAAGAAAAGCAGAAAGAUGCACUGUCUGGCGUUCUUAUCGUUCUUAGUUCAGGCCUGUUCCGCUACCUGUUUCCCUUCCAUCGGCUUCCAGAUCUCGCCUGACUGGGCGGCUGACGUGCUCGUGCUCAGUUGGGGGGCGCGACAACCUCUCAGUGAUGCGGACGGCACGUGAUCUUUUGGUGACUUUUGCUUCUCUCUGCCAUCUUUUACUCUUCCGUUUACUUUCCUGCUAGCCAUAGGAACUUCGUUUGCAGUAGCUCCCUCGUUUGAUGCCGCUUUUUCUACGGGACUUCCCGAGGGGUGGGGUCACCGUCCGGCGUCUCGCAUCUCGUGCGACGGUUCAGGAUAACAGGGACCGCUGUUCAUUUCGCCUGUAAAAUUCCAGAGUCUCCAUGCCUUUACUUUGGAAGACGAAGGGUUUCCUAUUUCUAAGUCAGGGAUGGAAUUCGACCUGCUGCGUCCGGUUUCCCGGAGCGCUCCGUGCGGGACCACGAAUGUAGCGGUGCCUCAAUCAAGGCCAGGAGAGCAAGGCAUUCAGACUGUUUUUUCUUGAUUCUUUAGCUCCGUCGUAUUCGUCUUCUCUUAUUUCUCUGCUAUAGUCUUUGUUUUGUCUUCUCCACUUCUUUACGGGUGCUCUGAUAAUCGUUUCUAACCACCUUUCCUACCUGUUCCGAACCAUUCCCCUUCUUCGCGGACGCGGUUACAAAAAAUUAGGAAAUCGGCGAGUUCGUGUAGUCGACGCUCACCUGGUCUUGUUUCCCACCGUUACAUCUGUUGUUUUCCUCGAUCAUAUUUGAAAAACCUGCACCCCUUUUUAUGAGGAAGGAUCGGAGUUGCAACCCUUGAACUGUCGUUUUUUUUCCGGACUUUGUCAUUACAUGCCACUACCCCCUACUUUUUUCCGUCAUUGGGUGCCCUGUUUUAUGUCUCCCAUUAUGAGCAAAAGCAUCGGGAUUCUGUAUCAAUUUCCACGUCCCUCUUAAGUGACUCUAGAGGGCUGACAGUGCCGGCGGCGGCUGUUUGUGGAGCUAGCGUCAGCAAAACAGGCGUAUUGUGAGGUGUACAUACACUGCGAGAGUGUCUAUUUGUCCUGUGCCGAUUCCGUCAUCUCGUGCAUCUUCUAUGGUGAAACUCCCCUGUUUUUCAAGCGUUCUCCCUUUUUUUUCAAAUGCAGCAACGUGUAUGUACCGCUGAUCUCCAUUCUUGGUAUAGUCACCCCUCCAUUUCGUCUUCCCGUCAUCCGGGUGGAUUUGUGCGCUUCUGCUGCACAUUCGCCGGUGGGAGAACGGACCACCUGUGUUGCCGUUGUUUGCCUUUCCUUUGGCAUUGCUACUGUAUUUAGAGUGUUGUGGUUUGGUGCGGCAGUUGUCUUAAUCUCGUGGACGGCAGCACCACUACUUUGAUGGCUUGCUGCUGUUUGGCAAGAUGGGUCAGCUCUCAUGUCACGACGGACCCUCAGGAACCGCCGCUGAGGUGUCUUCUUCAGAUCAGUCGAGUGCAGAGCGGAGGAGCCUGUCCCCGCGGCGGUCUCGUCCUGUCCCGCAGUGGAGGCUAUGUUUUCCGGCGUCUCCUGGUUCUGGAAAUCAAUGUGACACCGAAACUGGUCGCGUUGCAGAGCGAAGAAACACGGAAGAGACCCCCUCAAGUGUACAUGAGAGACUGAGGGGAAUCGCUGCCAAAUGGACGGCGGGGUCGUCGAGGUGCUUCUGCCUCGGGCUGCACGUCGUGCCUCACGAUGUCUUUAUUAUUGGCCUCCUUAUUCUUCUCAUCAUGAGUCAGCUCACAGCCUUCAUCAUCUUUUGGGUGGGCAGCCUCUUGAAAGCCGACAGCAAUGUGCUAGAUAGGGAGUGGAGCGUCGAUCCCGCACGCGCAACGGAAGGACAUCGUGGGAAGCCGAUGGCUAUCGCAGAAGCUGUGGCUCGAGAAAUUCGAACUCUGGUUGUCCCCUAUUCAUAUUCGGCCUUCUUGACGCUGGCCGCAACCAUGCCAGUUUUCGUGAUUGCUGCCAUCUAUUUCCUGUUCUACCGAGGGCUAGCUCCGACAGCGCUGAACCGCCACAUGCAUUCAGUGCCCGUGAUCAAUAUGGACACGCCGCCACGGAACUCCUCACCUGCUUCCCUGGCGGACCAGAAGGCGACAGGCGAGAUACGCGCGGGAGACGCUUCUGAAGCGGAAGGAUUUGGCGCUCAUGCAGCGGACUCAGGUCGCGGCCACGGCGCCUCUGACGGCGACAGAGCGGCAGAGGCGGGACAGCGUAGUGGGCCAGAGAGGGAAGGAUCCACAGGAGGCAGCGAGGAGAGUAUGAAUGAGGCAGAGAAAGAGGCCGUGAAGCAGGAAGCAAGACAGCUUCCACUCCAGAUGCUCGUGUACAUCAUCUACGGCGUCGGAUUCACGAUCUCUAUCAUAUGGAUGGUCUGCUCUCAUAUCCCGAAAGCGACAUGCCAGAAGUGCGAGGGUCCCACGAUCGGGCAGCGGUGGUUGGAUCGAGGAAGCAUGCUCAGUUUCGUUGUUCUGUGGGCACUGGCUUUCUGCAUCUGUCCCACUCGUGACGACAUCCGAAAGAGACACCAGAUGGCUCGCCGCAUGCGGCAGCGUCUAACGGCGUAUCGCUCGCUUGCGUCGCUCGAGACAGAGCUGCCCUCGAGCUCCUUUUGGGGUGUCGGGACCCCUGGGGAUUCUUUGCGAACUUCUUUGAGUACUGUCUCGCGCUCUGGAGCCCACCAAGCUGGGCUUCCCGUCUACACAGGUCACGCGCACCCGGAGCCGAGUCCCAAUGCCUCUUUCUUUGCGGAUGGGAAGACGCCAGAAGUGAACGGCGGAGAUGCGACUGCUGUCGCAUGUGUAGGCUCUGUGAGGGACACUAUGGGGGAAGAACGAAUCGACGAAAACGGUGACAGCUACUCUGUGAACACGAUGGGCGGAGGCGGGGCAGCCUCGGUUCAUUCCGUGCCCUAUUUGUCGCCUCUUGCUCGCAACGUCUACGAUCGUGACUGUGUGGAUUCGAGUGGGAGGCCGACAGCCGGUUCGAUGAAUGGCCAGAAUGCCAUAGAGCUCCAGGAGACUGUAGGACUGCGAGGCCUAGGUAGUCCUGGAACUCCAUCAGGUGCUUGUACACAGGAAGUUGCAAAAUGGAUGGACGGGGGCUCUGUGCGCGUCAUCGGGCGCUCAGUGUUCGGUUCGCGAGUCGUGUCGGAGUGUUUGAGAGAAACAGAAAAUGAACCGAAAGUAUCACAUGGAUCCACUAGCGACGAAACGGCGGGAACGUUCGUAUUCACACCACGAGGUGGACGGGGAAGUAGGGACUCGAGAAACAGUCAGGCAAACCAAAAAUUACCCGUCGUCGGGAAGAAAGCAAAGAAUGGGGAAAAGUGAGGACGGCACUGGAGAAGGCUGCCUAGUAAUCACACUUAGUACAGGCAUUAAAGAGCCAUUUCUCCGUUGUCUCAGUGACGAAGGAAAUGCCGUUUGUUGCACAUCAAGCGUUUACUUCAACGGACAGGGGAAAAUGGGGUGGAUUGUUGUGUUCCAGCAAGAGAGGGGGGCUGUCUCGUCCGCUGUCGCUGUUGUGACACUGUGUUUGACGCAGCGAAGCAGGAGACGCCCUGAGUAGUUCCUCAAUAGAAGUUAAAAGACACCUUCUGGAGGUUUUUGCCUAGUAAUGCUCUUAUCAGCGUCAACCUAGUGAGCAUGGAGCCUUGGGAAUAAUCUCUCAUACAGAUGUACUCCGCUGCAGCAACACCUGCUCGUUCCACGGUGCUCAAAUGCCUCACCGUCUGCAUGGGUUAUUUGGGAGGAAACGGUGGAGAGCUUCAGUUCAGUUUCAUCAUCAGCGUUCCCACGACCACAACGGCUCCCUCAGAAUAACGAGAACGUGGUCCCUGAGAAAAUACUUCGAGGUGAAAUGUUCCUCGGUUUACUUCCCGUCGUGAACGUUUAUGUGGUCAAUUUCUGACAGUGGCCAACAACGUAAAACGGCGGGAGUGCGGCGUUUAUCGAAGCGUGCUGUUAAACGGUGAUACGCGUGGUAAUCCGUUUUAGGGUGAAGCUUCUGAGGUGCUUCAUGAGGUCUUCAUUUUUAAAAUAAUUAGAGGGUGAAUGUGCACAGCAAAUAAAGCACCGAGGCAGAUGACCUCGCCACAUGGCGGUGAGAGACGGUUGGUCAACCCUUACCUUCGUGUCGUUUGUAGUUUCUUUUCCUUUCACGUGACGGUUGUUAACGCGCCCAGCAAAACCAAGGCGGUUGCAUCAAGAAGUCGUCGUAACGAAGGCAUCUUGCCCGACGGUUGCUCACACGCUUAUUAGGCAUUCUGCGGUGCUUCUCGGGGCACACAAAAAGAAGUUUCUUCACGAAGUUACACCGUGUAAUAAAGUGUGAAAAGAGAAAUCCUAUCACGUAUUUGCAAGGAUGUUGAGUUCCACCGCUUUGCCGGGAUGCCAAGAUCUCUCAGGACAGGCAAAAAGGGGCGUAAAAGAGUCGGAACGGGGGAAAACGGUGAACGGGCCUAAUGUGGGGAUCUCGGCGGCUUCGGAUCGAAGCAUAUUUCAUCGUGAACGUGAUAUCAUACUCCGAUCGGAACGCCCGCCACAAAGUGGCUUUGAAGUCGCGUCUUUUGUCGAAAAAUGUAAAUUAGUCUAGGACGAUCGCUUCGUCUUGAAUCACACUGACUCUGCUGGGCUGGCACGAUCUGAUUCCACAUAAACAGAUCCGACACAAGGCCAGCUUACCCGCGACGCUUCGGUAGCGGAGUAGGGCCAAUUGGGGACGGUGUGGGAAAAUCUCGAACUUUCUACAUAUAUGGAGCUUUUCCUCACGUUCAUUCUUGCUUGUUUAAUCUUCGCGAAACUGGUUCCCUCUAUUACAGGCACUUCUAUCAUAAAUGCCUGAGUAUCAA